UAUGCAGAAUACGUACAGUACAUUUGACCGCACCUUCACCGUUCAGACCCAAAUGCUGUGGGAGUAGGAACUAAAUAACAAAUUUAUGUCGUUGUUUUUGGUCUGAUAUGUCCAGCAGGAUGCCUGUAUCUCAAGGCCAGCUUAAGCUGGCUGAAAAGCUAUCUAUUCUGAAUGAGCGUGGCUCAGGAAUGCUUGCAAGAUUAUACAACAUAAAAAAGGCUUGCCAGGAUCCAAAGUCUCGUCCAGCAUUCCUCUCUGAGAAGAGUCUGGAAUCAUGUCUCAAGAGUAUCGUCAAAAAAUUUCCUCAUACGGAAAAGAAUUCACAUGGCCAGCUGAGUCCCAUAGACACCAGGAAAGCAGAGAUUCUCAAGGUGCUCAGUGUAUACUACAUGACAUUCAGAGAUAUCUUAGAAUACAAGGAUCAUGUUUCUGAAUUAAUGACGGUUAUAGCAACAUGCAACACCAACCUGGAUAUUACAUGUAACUUUGACAUGACCAGGAACUACCUAGACCUCAUCGUGAAGUAUGUCUCCAUCUUACUCCUGUUGGCCAGGGUGGAAGACAGGAAAGCCAUGCUGGGCCUCUACAACACAGCCUAUGAUCUAGCCAAUCAAAGAAGUGAGCCCUCGUUUGCCCGUCUUGGAACCAUGAUCAUGGAGUACGAGCAUCCAAUGAAGAAGCUUGCAGAGGAAUUCAUCCCCUUGGAGAGAUGUGUAGCCUCAGCUCUGUUCUCACUCCUUCACCUCUACCCACGUCGUAACCUGACAGCCGAGCAGUGGAGGUCACAGGAGAUGCUUAGCCUGGUAGCCAAGCCUAACGUCCUUCUCAAUCCAGCCCAAAGUGAAACGAUGAGAUGUGAAUAUCUGUCCCUUGACAAGCUGGAGAGAUGGAUAAUAAUUGGAUUCAUGGUAUGCCCCACCCUCCUGACUACCAAUGAGCGAGCCCUAGCCUUGUGGCGCCCCGCCCUACAGAGCUCUUACUGUAUCACAUUGUGUCGGGAUGAGGUCCUGGUCUUCCACAAGUACAUUGAGGUCUUCUUCACUUCCAUCAAAGGGUUUAGCAAGAAAGCUCAAGAAGUGAAGGAUGCUGCUACCCAUGCACUGAGUUAUGCUCCGGGCCUUCACAAAGAACGAAGAAAGUUCCUGAGAACAGCUCUCAAAGAACUCAUCACCAUCAUAACAGAUCAGCCAGGGCUACUGGGGCCAAAGGCUUUGUAUGUCUUCAUGGGUCUUGCGUUUGCUCGCGAUGAGAUCCUUUGGCUUGUAAGACACACUGAGCACCCUCACCCUAAGCUUAAGAACAAACCUGUCAUGGAGGACCUGGUGGAUCAUCAUCUGCCGGAACUGCUCUUCUACAUCGAAGAGCUACGUGCCAUUGUGAGGAAAUACUUCUAUGUGCUCCAAGACUACUACAUCCAGUAUCUGAAUGGAUAUGAUGCUAUUGUGCUCAACAACAUUGUCAAGAGUCUAACCAUGUGUCCGGAAGAUGAAUCCAUCAUCCUAUCAUCGUUUGUACAGACCCUUGAAUCACUCAGCAUCAAAAAUGUGAAAGAAGGUCCUCAGCCAGACUUCACUGGGUUCCGUCUGGACUGGUUCCGCCUCCAAGCCUACACCAGCAUCAGCCGUGCUACCCUGGUCCUAGGGGAUAACACCGAGCUAGCCAGGACCAUGAACACCAUCAUCUUCCACACACUGAUGGUGGAUGCAGCGGAUGAGGUUCUUCAGGAGACAUCAGAUCUUAGCAUCUUCUGUCAUCACAGCCGUAUCUUUGAGAAGAACUUUGAGAUGUCGUUAGGCUACCCGACCCAGUCUCGCUUUGCGGUUGCUUUCCCCCUCAUCUGCGCUCACUUCAUUAACUGCACACAUGAGCUGUGUCCUGAGGAGAGAUUCCAUGUUGGAGAGCGAAGUCUAUCAGUGACCAAUGCUUUCCUUGACCGUCUAGCUAAGGAGGUCAAGGAUGUAGUGACCAGAAUCUGCUCUGAGCAGUGUAACCUAAGUGACCAGCUUCUGCCGAAGAAUGCUGCUCCCCUGCACAUCAAGCAUGAACUGCAGCGUAAGACCAAACAGAACGUGGAUAAGAAUCGCUUGAAGACACUCCAAGAGAACCCUAUGCCUGGGACUGAGAGCUUCAGGAAAACCAGAGAAAACUUGACAGAGUUUGAUCGUCUUCACAUCUCACUGUCUGAGUUGUGUACAGCCAUCAACUACUCUGCUAAGAUCAUGGUUUGGGAGCACACGUUUGCCCCAAGAGAGUACCUCAUCCAGCAUCUGGAGGCCAGGUUUGCCAAAGCCCUUGUAGGGAUGAUGAUGUAUAGCCCUGAGACUAAUGAGAUAGCUAAACCUUCGGAGCUUCUCACCAGUGUUAGGACCUACAUGAAUGUCCUGCAGAGCAUCGAGAGCUAUGUCCAAGUUGACAUCACACGAGUGUUCAACAACGUGAUGCUUCAACAAACUCAACAACAAGACAGUCAUGGAGAGAAGACUAUCACCAUGCUCUACACAAACUGGUAUCUGGAGGUCUUCCUACGCAAGGUAACUACCUGUCACAUCAUCUACUCUCCUCAUCAGAAGGCAUUCAUCAGUCUGGCUCCAGACAAACAUCUUCCAUUCAAUGCUGAGGAGUACACUGAUGUCACAGAGCUGAGAUCUUUAGCAGAGCUGAUCGGAGCCUAUGGAAUGAAGUUCCUUCAUGAGAGUCUCAUGUGGCACAUUGCUAGUCAGAUGGGAGAACUAAAGAAACUGGUCCUUGAGAACCGUGAAGUAUUGACCCAGCUGAGAACCAACUUUGACAAGCCAGACGUCAUGGCCCAACUCUCAGUCCAACUCAAACAUAUAGAUAACUUGUUGAUGCGUCUGAACAUCAUCGGUAUCAUCCUUGCCUUCAAGGCUCUCACACAAGAGGCUCUCAGUGAUGUCCUGGCUCGCAGGGUGCCGUUCCUGUACAGUGCUAUCAUAGACUUCAAGGAGCAUGUGAGAGCAGCGGGACAGGACGCUAUCGUUGUGGACACUCUAGCUAACAGUGUUGGUCUCCCCUGCAAUGUAGACCCAGUCCUGGUCAGUGCUCUGCGCUCUGAGAAAGAGAUUGAUCCAGAUCAGGACUACAUCCAGUCCUGUCUCCUGAUGGUGUUUGUUGCCGUCUCCCUCCGAACCCUAGCCCGUCAGGAGGGUACCAUCUACCACCCCAUGUACGACGCCCAUCCCAACAACUGUCACUGCUAUGCCAAGGCUAUCAAUGCCAUCGCCGGAGCACUCUUCUCCCUGCACGGCAGGGGGGAUGUGGAGGAGAGACUUCAAGAAUUCCUUGCUCUGACCUCAUCUAACAUGCUCCAUCUUGGCCAGGAGACUGACAAGGCCAUCACUGUCAAGGGUCGCGAGUCUCUUCAUCUCCUCCUAGACCAGAUUGUGAAAGAAUCACCAUUCCUGACUCAGGACCUCCUUGAGUCUUGCUUCCCAUAUGCUCUCUUGAGGAACGCAUACCACACUGUCCUGAAGAGGGAUUAAACCAUCUCUUCAAUACCAAAGAAAUCUUGGUAUGGAAUAACAACAUGUUAAUAGAACCCUGCUUCCCUGUAUACACUCAAACCCUAUCUCUCUAAUCAGAAGGGAAGUUGGUAUGAAUCUAUAUCCCGUCAGGACUCAAAACAUAUCAGAAAUUCCCUUUAUGCGGUCUUUAGGAAUUCAAUUACUGUCUCUGUACCAAGAAGACGUCUGUUAUAAUUGCUUCCCAAGUUGUAUCCUGUAGCCCAAUUUCUGUACAUAAAAGGAAACUUGGUAUGAAGCUUCAACAUUGUAGACUGACCUAGAAUCCUGUUUCCCCAAAAUAUCUUUUAAAGAACAUCUAUCACACUGUCCUGGAGAGAGAUAAAGCGUUUUCCUUGAGCCACACCAUUCAGUCUACCCCUCCUCCCAGAACUCUGUACCCCCAAAGACCUAGAGGGUUUCAAUGCUAAGGCCAGGUCCUGUGUCCUCCUCUGGACCGGGCUGGUGUACUGACUUAAGAAGAAGUCUUGAAGCCCCUCUUUCUGACCAAGAAGGAACCAUGUUAUGAAGUUACAACCUUGUAAGACCUAAAAUCCUAUAUCCCUGAUGAAGAAGAUCUACCACACUUGAAUGGGAAAAGAUUGAGUUGUGUCCUGUAUUGCAAGAAAGGACCUAGGGGUAAAUACACCCUUGUUGGACACGAGACUUCAUUUUACAGUCGUCCUCCAUUUUACAGCCAUCAUGUAGGGAUUGGGGUUGGUUAUUGCAUGGUGAACCAAAAAUGCUGUGGAGCUUUGCUAGCUGUGUAAGAGCUAUGAGUUCCUGUUUCCCUGAAGCGACAUUGUUUAUUUUCAAAAUGAAAUAUGUGUAUAGUGUGUAUAUGAAGGAUAGUCAGUAGUUAUAUGUAUAUAGAGGCCAACAUUGUAGUCUGCAUUUUUUACAGAAUUUCAUUAUGAUUAUUCAUAUUUCUUUCUUAGAUACAUGUAAAUAGAUUGUAUCUGAAUAAUUUGUACAUGUCUAUUGUGAUUAGAGUAAGUGAAUAUUUAAUCUGAUUUUAUAAUCUCUAUCAUCUAUAUCCUAAUUUUGAUCAGUGGUUGAUGAAGGGUUAAAAGAAGCUAUACAUUUUUAAUUCAAACACUUUUCAAGCGUCUCAUUGAUGAUGUUUUUAGAUAGACCAUGGAGUUCUGUAUGUAUGAGUGGGUGUUUAUCCGGGGUGAAUAUUGGUGGGAAUGGAUGUAUUGAUAUACUUGUGAAUAAUCCUAAUCAUAAAAUGAGAAGUACGUAAGUUUUGCAGUUAGCAGUGACAUUCUGAUAUAUAACAGAAAAUUACGGAAACGGAGCCAUUCAUGUACCGGUACACUUAUAUCCUUUGGCAAGAUAUUAAUCUUCAUUGGCCACUCUCCACCCAGGUGUUAAAUGGGUACCGGUAGGAAGCAAUCGGUAGCAUAGCAUAGCAGAGCUGGGGUAAUAUUGGAGCACCUUGAGCACCUUGCAUGGUGGAUAUGUGCACUGCA